CAAAACGGGAGCCAGAUGUGUUCUCGUCCUCGGCUCCCGCCUCCCUCCCUCUUGGGCUUCCUAAAACCCGGAGCCCCGGAGACAAGGAUUCGGAGCCAGACAAACGCCUGGCUCCCGAACCACGUUCCACGGCUCCUCCCGGACUGGAAGCUAAGCGGGAGGGGGGAGUAAGAGCGGAGCACUCUCUGGAGGCGGGACAAAGUGUUUUGUGUGUGUGUUUUCGUCUCUCUCGCUCUCUCCCUUUUCGCUCGCUCGCUCUCUCUUUUUCUUUUCUUUUCUUUUUUUUUUUUUGGGUCGCAAGUAGGAAGCUUUUUGCACUCCACCACCUCUGGCCGCUGGGAAGACGUCAUCGCUUCCGCCCUACUUCCUCCUCCUGUUGGCGGCGCUGAGAAUCCAAUAUGGAGUAAAUCGGUGGAGUCGCGAGAUGGGGUUCGGACGGGGCGCCCUGCACCGCCUCCCAGGCGCACCUCCCCCGGCCGCCAAGCGCUACCCGGAACCCUGAUUGGCCCGGUCCCCGGGGGCGACCCCGGCCCGGCCCCACCGCAGCCGGCCGCCCGCCCGCCGCCCCGAGCGUGCUUGUUUUUCUGCUGCUCUCCCGCUCCGGGUCCCCUUCCCAAAUCUCGCCCCUGCGCCCGUUCGGAGCCCGGGGGCCGCGCCCGGCCGGCCGGGGGCGUCCGCUGCCCGGUGCACCCCUUCCCAGACCUCGCCCUGCGCUCGGGGAGCCCCGUUUCCCCGCCUGCCUCAGCGCCCCCUUCAUCUCUAGCUCCCCCCUCCACCACCAAAUCAGGAGAUGUCGGAGAUGUGAAGAAGGGGGGCGAGCGCACAGGAAGAUGAAGGGAGCCAGGCUGCCCGCCGCGGGACAGGCGUCUAGGUGAACAGGAAAAUGACCGAAGAAACACACCCGGACGAUGACAGCUAUAUUGUGCGCGUCAAGGCUGUGGUUAUGACCAGAGAUGACUCCAGCGGGGGAUGGUUCCCACAGGAAGGAGGCGGGAUCAGUCGCGUGGGGGUGUGUAAGGUCAUGCACCCUGAAGGCAAUGGACGAAGCGGCUUUCUCAUCCAUGGUGAACGACAGAAAGACAAACUGGUGGUAUUGGAGUGCUACGUCAGAAAGGACUUGGUCUACACCAAAGCCAACCCGACGUUUCAUCAUUGGAAGGUCGACGAUAGGAAGUUUGGUCUUACCUUCCAGAGCCCUGCGGACGCACGAGCCUUUGACAGGGGCGUGAGAAAAGCCAUUGAGGACCUGAUAGAAGGUUCGACAACCUCAUCUUCCACUAUUCAUAACGAAGCCGAGCUUGGCGAUGAUGACGUUUUUACGACAGCUACAGACAGUUCUUCUAAUUCCUCUCAGAAGAGGGAGCAGCAUACGAGGACAAUCUCCUCCCCCACAUCGUGUGAGCACCGGAGGAUUUACACCCUUGACCCAUACCCCAUGGACCAUUACCACCCCGACCAGCGGAUGCCGCGGUCCUACCCCCAGGUCACCUUCCCAGAGGAUGACGAGGAAAUCGUACGCAUUAACCCGCGGGAGAAGAUCUGGAUGACCAGCGGCUAUGAGGAUUACCGGCACGCUCCAGUGCGCAGCAAAUACCUGGAUACCGCGGAGGACGGGGACUCCUACGUGCGCUUCGCCAAGGGCGAGGUCCCCAAGCACGACUAUAAUUACCCUUAUGUAGACUCCUCAGACUUCGGCUUCGGCGAGGAUCCUAAAAGCCAUGGUAGCAGUGUGAUCAAGACGCAGCCAGCCAGGGGCAAGUCCCGACGGCGCAAGGAGGACGGCGAGCGCUCGCGGUGCGUGUAUUGCAGGGACAUGUUCAACCACGAGGAGAACCGUAGGGGCCACUGCCAGGAUGCGCCGGAUGCUGUGAGAACUUGUAUAAGGCGCGUGAGCUGUAUGUGGUGCGCGGACAGUAUGCUCUACCACUGCAUGUCGGACCCCGAGGGAGACUACACGGACCCUUGCUCGUGCGACACCAGCGACGAGAAAUUUUGCCUCCGGUGGUUGGCGCUCGUUGCCUUGUCCUUCUUGGCCCCCUGUAUGUGCUGUUACCUUCCCCUUCGGGCCUGUUACCACUGUGGAGUGAUGUGCAGGUGCUGCGGCGGGAAGCACAAAGCCGCCGUGUGACUCAGUUUCCCACUUGACCCCUCUUCCACCCACAGCCACGGGGAACUUGUCUCUUGCAUUACCCCUCCCCGUCCCCCCUCCCCCGUCUUCUCCCAGGCUCCCUGGUCCCUUGCGACAUCAUUCCAAACCCUGGUAAGCUGCCACCCUGUGUCAGCCCGUACCCGUACUCUCGCAGUGUUUUGAAGAAAGGAGCCUUCUGCGUAGACGCGUGUAUUUUACCAGCCUGUGGUCAUGCUGUCUCAACCACGUGUUCAUCUCCUGUCCCUCCCUCCUCCCCACCCCUUCCCAGUCCUAAGGAAUCUGCAGUAGAAGCUUUUAGAUCCGGAGGGGUUUAGAGUUGAUUUUUUUUCCCCCCACGAGUACCGGAGACUAUUUUUCUCCGAGUGGGCCUUGCCUGUCACCGACAAGCACGGGUUCCUCGGAGAUGUGACCUAAUGGUGAAACCCUAAGUAUUGUAACGUGCAGCGUGUUGUUGUCUCUCGAGGAGGUGGGCUGGAUGAACAAUGUUACCACAGAACAAUAGGGCUUUAACUCCUAAAGCCAGACUUCCCUCCUCGGCUGCAGUUUCUGUCUUCAGCUCAUCUUCGUCUCCCCCCCCCCUCCCCACCUGUGGAAUUCAUUCGCUGAUGCAAAGCAGUUACCUUUAAAAUGACUUGAAUUGAGCCUUAACUUCAGAUUAACGUGUGAAAAUCAGGAAAAACUCCUCAAAUUGCAUUGCAUCCUCUCGGACCAGGGUUAGAAAGGGGAUUUUGGGUUUUUAUGAGCCUGCCCAGUUUACCCCUACAAUAGGACUUUUUUUUUAGAAUUGUGUUGCCACUUCUAAAAUCCUAGCAAUAUUAGAAUUGUGAAGUAAAUUUCACUCAUUAUUUUGCAAACCAAGUGGACCUAUUCAAACGCAAACCAGUGUUUUGGGAGCAAGUUCCAGUUGAGAAACACUAAAAAUUGUGAAUAAAACUGUAGCUGUUUCCCGCCCCCCUGAAACUAUUUUAUAUCAUUCAGGGGGAAUUUUAAAUACCAUAAAUUAGUGGUGGCUUGCAUUUUGUUUAGGCUUAUGUUUCCGUUUUAAUUUAGGGCUCAAUUCAUUUAUACUUAGGAAAAAACAAGGCCAUAUAUAAAAACCCUUCCAAUGCCUAAGUGUCUUUUCUCUCUCAACUCCGCACCCACACUUGCCACUUGGGGUGCACAGAAAAGGGUAGAUCACCAACCGGCUCUGCCUGUGGCUGAGCCACAUCAAAGGCUUCUGAUUUGCUAGAGGAGGAAAAAGAACACUUUUUAAAAUGUGUUGUUUGCAAGGACUAGCCAAAUCUUGAAGGAGAAAAGUGGAAGUGGUUACCUGUACCUAGCAUAGUACAAUCAGAACUCCACGGGGACCGUAGGGGCCAUGCUUGUCACCGCUGGCUGUUCUUCCCACCGAGACCUUUCCGUGGUAAUUCCCAGCGGAAGGCAGGCUCAGCCCCUUCUCCUCCUUCCCCUUCCCCUAUUGCACACAGGACAUCAGUCUUCAAGGAAAAGGACUUUUUUCCAGUGUGUCGGCCAUACUGGGAAAAUGCUAGCCAUGCUUACCUUAGUGGCCAAGUUUUCUGCUCGCCGUGACAGCCUGCCAUGUUUCUUCAGACAGAUCAUCAGUGUAGAUAAUGAGUGAGUUGGUAGACGGUCUCCUUUGUUAGGAUGACUGCGAGGGGGCUGUCUCUUGUAGAAAAGGUGCAGAGAGCUACCAUCGUUGUCGAAGGGGGGGUCUCCGUGCCAGGAGACCAUCCGGACUGCCUCCAGCCAGCCUCCAGUGCUGUGGAGAGACUGCCUGUCCCCGGCCCGAGGGACUUUCUCCAAGUCGCCUCUCUACAAAGCACAACACUAAUCUCCGUCUCCUCAGACCUCAGUUCAAGUGCCCCUAUUUAUUUUGGUGAGAACCCGCGUCCCGAUUGCUUCCUGUUCCUGCCUUGGCUCUGCCCCUGCCCCUCUCCUUUCCGCCCUUCUUAAGAGUUCUGCUAGUCAGUCUUACUCCGCACAUCGUUUUUGGUUUGUGAAGGCAGCGGUUAAGGGCACAAAGACAGCCAUGAGGACAUUUAUGUAAAUACGUUUAAUUGCCACACUGCGGCUGAACAGUGUCUAGUAUUUUCCCAGUCAGCUUUGCCGUGCUGACGUCAAUCAUUUGAGAGAAAUUAUUCAGAUUUUAUUUUUAUAUCCGUGGUAACAAAACUUAGCCAAAAGAUUCCCUGUUCUGAAGUUUCCCUAACUCCCCAAGCUAUUUGCUCACAUUAACAAAUUAAAGUGCCUGAGCAUAAUUCAUUCACCUGUAUACUAAAACCCCUGUUGUAUUGAUUUUUUUAUAAUAAGCCUUUUUACCUCUGUAAAAAAUAUAUAUAUAAAUAUAUAUAUAUAUAUACAAGUGUAUGAUGUACAUUUUAGUUCUUAACUUUUUUUAUGGUUUCUAAUAUGUAUGACCAACGUAGCCAUUGCUUUAAGAUGUACCGUGUAAAUAUAAACACAACCUAUCAGAC